AUUGUUUAUUAACGUCAAAAGCCUGACUCACCACUCAUUUUCUACAUUAAAAGUAAAUGAAAACGUGAAACUGUAAUUUAGUGAUAACGAAGUGUUAUAGAUUGGAAUUUGGACACGAUGUCCCUGUAAUGCAGGAUGCAGACAUGCGACAUAAACAAAAAAGAGGCAGGCAAGAUUUGGCUGCGGAAACCCUCUCCGUCUGGGGAUGAUGGGUUGAUGGUUCAGAUUAAGCAGGAUGUGAGUGGAACCUUGGCACCCAGCGGUCGGCGGGUACGCUUCCUGCACACGGCAUUCAACAACACCGGCGACAGCUUCAUCGCCGGAGACCACCUUGGAAACAUUUACAUCUUUGAUCUGUCCAAGAACAGGUUCCAACUGAUCCAGAGGACGGGACAAGCUUGCACGUGUCUGGCCUUCACACUCCGCAGGAAGACAGAGUACCUCGCUGCCCUCGCAGACUGCUCCCUCAAAUGCUUUGAUACUGAUUCCAAGGAGCUUGUGGCUUGGAUGAAGGGUCACGGGACGCCCAUCCACUCCAUCUCCGUGCACGCCUCGGGCCGCUACGCUCUGACGACGUCCUCCGACACCAGCCUCCUCUGGGAUCUGGACACAUUCACCCGGAAACGCAAACUCAACGUGCGGGACGCCGUCGGCAUCUCAAAGGUCUUCUUCCUGCCCCUGAGCAACACCAUCCUGACCUGUUUCCGGGACGACUCCAUUUUUGCCUGGGAGUCGGACACCCUGCAGUGCAAGUACCAGCUGCCCGUGCCCCCCGGGGAGAGGCCCAACUACAAGGCCUUUGCCACGCCCAGGGACGGGCGACUGUUGGUUGCAGGGGGCAAGUCCCGCUUUCUUCACAUCUGGGCCCUGGACACCCGCCGUCUGCUACGCGUCAUUGAGAUGCCGACCAAAGUACACGUUGUUAAGCAAGUGGAGUUCCUACCGGAGAGCUUUGACGGGGGCUCCAGUCAGGUUGUGGGAGUGCUGAGUCAGGACGGCAUUAUGCGUUUCAUCAACGUCACCGCCUGCAGCAUGCUGUGCGAUCUGGGCUCCCUCCAGGACCGUGUAGCCAACGUCUCGGUCAGCCCGGCCGGGCGCCACGUAGCCGCCGUGGUGGACAGCGGCUGCAUCAACGUGUACAGCGUGCCGGCACUGAUGUCUGACUUCAACAAGCCUCCACCCGCCUUGGUCAAAGUUGCAUCCAGCAGGACCAAAAAGAGAGACACGUCCAGGGACACGACCAGCACCACACUCAGGUCCAUGACCCCGGGGAGACUACAGAUGCCGAAGGCGACGAAGGAGACGCCGGGGAGGACGCACAUGGUGACGACCGGGGUCAGGAGGAGGGCAGGGGAGAAGGGCAGUAUGACGUCGGACAGAGAAGAAGUACUUGAAAUUGUCGCCGACUUGCCCGAGGGACUUGACCUGAACAGGUUGCACGCCAUCCUCAAAGGCUACGGGGAAUAUCCAGCCAAAUACAGGAUGUUCAUUUGGCGUUCUGUCCUGCGUCUGCCCGAGAAUCACACUGCCUUCAGCAGCCUGGUUGACAAGGGAACGCACCUUGCCUGGGCAAAGGUGCACGAGACGUACCCCAUCAAGAGCCGAAAGCUGCUCAGGGUCCUGCAGAGGACCCUGUCUGCCCUGGCCCACUGGUCGGCCAUCUUUGGGGAGGCCGACUACCUGCCGCUCUUGGCGUUCCCCUUUGUGAAGCUCUUCCAGAACAACCAGCUGAUUUGCUUUGAGGUCAUUGCGACCGUCCUUUGUAACUGGUGCCAGCUAUGGUUUGAAUACUUCCCCAACCCUCCUGUCAACGUCCUGUCCACGGUGGAGAACGUGCUGGCCUACCACGACCGGGCCGUGCUGCAGCAUUUCGUCAAGUACGGCGUUACCUCGCAGAUCUACGCCUGGCCGCUACUGCAGACCCUCCUGUCGGAGGUCGUCACCAAGGAGGAGUGGCAGGUACUGUGGGACAACGUCUUCACCAAUCCCCCGGCAUUCUUGCUCCUGGUGGUGGUGGCCUACAUCACCUGCUCCCGGCAGCCGCUGCUGCAGUGCACCGACAUAGACGACUUCAAGUACUUCUUCCAUCAUCGUAACGCCGUCCACAUCGCUACAGUGAUCAGCGAAGCGUAUCGACUGUGGGACAGCACCCCCGCAGAUAUUCACCCCAAGAGGAUGCUGGAGGACUUCAAGCCGCUCACCAAGGGGCAGUACCCGAUAUUCAACAAAUACCCAAAGUUCAUCGUAGACUAUCAGGCCCAGGAACGCGAGCGGAUCCGGCAGGACGAGCUGGAGUACCUGCACCAGCGCCAGGCGGCGGCCGAGCUGCAGCGAGAGUUGGACAAGCGACAGGGGGAGGAGGCGGCCUGGUACCGCCAGCAGGCGCUGCUGAGAGAGGCCGAGGAGCAACGCCGGAGCCUGGUGGCCGAGGAGGAACAGAAGCUUAUAGACCAACGGGUCAGAUUGCAAGCGAUGAGGCGCGAGUUGCGAAUACGGGAGCUGCAGCUCCUGGACGCAGCCAAGCGGAAGUUCAUGCAUCACCAGCAGACGCAGAAGGAAGCGGAGCUCGGCCGGCUGGACGACGAGAUAGCCCGCAAGAAUCUACUGCGAGAGCAAGAGACCAAGGCGGCGAUGGACGAUGUGGAGAUCCGACGGAUGGAGCUACAGGCCCAGAAACAACUCCUGGAGCAGGACCUGGCAAAGAGUUUGGCCAACACCACGCACCAGGAGCGAGCAGACGCCGAUGCCUACCGACGCCAGGCUGAGCUGGAGGAGAGAGUCAGGAGGAGGGCCUGGGAGGACAUGCAAGAUCAGCAGCACACGACCAGAAAGCAACUCCAGAGCGACAUAGCCAAGGCAGAGGAGAUGAGUGACGAGGCCGGUCUGAGGAGGGACUCGGAGUACCGCAGGAGAAUGGACAACCUGGAACGAGAGCUGAGGGGCUCGGAGGUUACAAGACUUCACCAGGAGAAUCACAGACUUGAGGAGGAAAUCCAGUCCAUCAUGAGAGGCAUUGCCGACAGGAAGCUGGGAGAGGCGAAAGGGAAAGUGGCCGAAUUCCACCAGCAGAGGGCGCUUUCCACUGCCCAUGAUGAACAGCUAGCAAAACUCGGUCAAGGUCAGGUCACAGGGGCUGUAAACCUUAACAAUAGUUCGACGAGGAGAAAAGCCUUGAACGACUUCAGUAGUUCUGAAGAGGACGACAUUCCCAUUUCUCUGGAUCGAGGGAGGGACACCUUUGAGCAGCGGGAGAAGAACCUGAUGAGGCAGGUCCAGGAACUCCGGAAGAAGAUCGCCAUGGAGACCAGACAGCAACAUCCUCCGCCGUCCUUUGAUGUGGACGGUGGGGGAAGUGAUCGGGACUAACCAGUGGACUUGCUCCGGUGGACAAAACACCAUACUGCAUUUUUUCAAUUCACCGUACAGAGGGCUCUGUGAACUUAGGACUUCUGUUGAAAAAUAUGGCAACUUUGAAUUGUAAGACAAAAGUGGUAGGCCAGUGAAGAAUCCCGCGGGAAAUGGUCAGUUGGUGGAGUGAUUGUGCGUUGAACCCAGAGAUUUGACCCAGGCAUGAAUUCUGCCCAUGUACUUUGCGCAGGCAUCAUUGAGGUUGUUGAGUAGCAUAAUUCUGGGAUAAUUCACGUCCCAGUCUCUUGGGUGCAGAUGAAUAUAACAUGCUCUUGGAAGCCAGUGGCUAACGGCUGCCAGUCACUUGCCAUAUGAACAUAUGUUACUGUCAUCCACAGCCAUUUAAGGGGACACAAAGUGAAGUCAUUCCAGCACUGUGGGACAAAGAGUGGAAUGACGCAAAUCUGUCCACAGGUGGUAGAAGUACUGACCUGCGUAUGAUGGGUGCACAGCAUCUGCCUAUGGCUUUUCGUCCGAAUGAGCACAAAAUUCUACGGAAAUCAAGCAAUUUCACCACCAGAAGGGGUACUUUGCUCACUGAGCACAUUAGCCAUCCACUGUUGCAUGCUCUUGGUGUCAGAAAAUGAUUCAAAUGGCACCCGAAAUAUUGCAUCAAUGAAUGCUUGUUCUUUGCUUAUACGCUACUUGUAACGAUUUAAACAAAAAAACCACCACAUUUGGAGCUAAUUUAUAAGUAAAAUUGAAACUAUGCUUUUUCCAAUCCAGUGCUCUGAACUCCCUGCUUGCACAUAUUACUGUAUAUUGUAAAUGCGGUUGCAGUUUCGCACAUUUAGUUUGCACUGGAUGAGAUCUGUGAAAUUCAGGGUUGAAAUUCUGCAUUGGUCUGUUUUCUGUUAUCUUGCUUUGAAGUGUUUUUACACUAACGCGGUAUUUGAAUACCAACUCAGAUUGCCCAUUUCUUCGGCCAGACUGUGUCUACAAGAAAUGACUGCAUGUGUGUUUACAUAUAUGUACAAAACCAGCACAGAGUCUUUGGAUCUGGCGAUUUUCCGUCCAGUUUUGGAAACUCUUAAGUCCAGUUUAUACAAUUGAGGUUGGAACGCUCAGCUUAUCUCUGACCUCUGAGGAACUCACGACGCCUGGGAUCGCUAACGAUUUUGAAAACGUGUUCUCGCAAACUCCAUCAGUACAAUAAACAGCAGCAUGAGGAGCUGUCCCGUCGCAGCGCACGGUCAAGUCGUCAAUAUCGGCACCCUUGCUUCCGUUAUAGCUGUCACUGGGAAUCUCACACACCCGGCCGUUUGGAUGGUUGAAGUUGCCAGCUGCGUCUGGUAGGAGACUAGGUCCGGCCGAGGCUGGCUACGAUUUACCCUGUCGGUACUGGCUGACGGGAGCUGCGGAGCUUCAAGUAUGAAAGAGAGAAAAAUAAAAAUUUCAUCAUCUUUGGAAUGAUUACGCCUUUGUUACAGCGAUUGGUUGUCGUUUGUAACAGUUGGUAUAGACGUACAAGAGAGAUGUUACUGGAAUACUCACCGAGUUGGAGUCUUGGGGGUGUAGUUUAGCUGGGGGGGGGGUAAAUGAAAUAUGAAGCAUAACAAACAGCAAUUAAGAAGAAAAUUGUGCAUCAAACUCAAGUCCAAGUCACUGAUUAGUCACUGACUGCUCAAAUAAUCUUCUAAAUUGUUAACACCCAUGCGUUGUGGAAGUCGGGGAUGUUUGGAAAAGUACCCCCAAGGCCCCCCGUCUUUUAGACUUUAAUACAAGAUUGUAUACAAUACCUGAAUUGGUCUCCUAGCCUGGUCGCUCUGAGAAGAUUGGCUCAAACUGAAUCUUGUGCUGCCUACAACCCCACCCCCCAUAUAGCAAAACAAGACAAAAUCAGUCACAGCACUUUGAUAGCAUGUCCGAGAAGCAAAUGAGAGAAAUCGAACCAUGGACAGACCAACUAGGGACUGCCAAGAGUAAAGGUCAAUGUGAUAUUUACUGUUCGUAUUUAUUCCUCAAACCAAUACUUUGACUUGAUACGCAUAACUGAGUAUUUUUGUUGAAUGUGAAUAUAUUUUACAAACCUUGGGAGCAGUCGUUGUGGAGCUGAGAAGACCGGAAAUUGCUAAAGGAAGAAAAGCUGGAAGUGAACACAAAAAAAUGCUCGUGAAUUAUGACCAGGAAUAUUGAUAAUUGAAGUUUGAUUCCAUGUCCAUUUGUAAGUCAUCAACAACUGAAAAAUUUCUUGUAGCUGAAAUGUAAUUUUCUAACUUUGCAAAAGUCAUUUACUUUCAAACGGGAAAUCAAAAACUUCUCGUGAUCGGUACCAGCAAUUAAAAGUUAAAUGUUCAUAAUUCCAGCUGAGAUACAAUGUGUAAACUCGCAAAAACAUUUCAACAGAAUUGCAGAUAAGUGAACUUUGAAUUUUUGAGAAAAACAAAGGAAAUUCCCUAGUUUGAUGACUUAUCC